AAAUACCCCUCUUCAAAAUAAAAAAUAAAUAAAUAAAAAAAAUUGAAAAAGAAAAGCCCCCACUAAGUCCUUGCUUGUCUUUGUGCUCUGAUAUAUUCUUUUCAUUGGUUGAUUGCUUUUCUUUGAGUGUUCUUUUGAUUAUGAUUCUGGGUUUGCAGGACUGCCAAUAUAUGUAUAUAUAUAUAUAUAUAUUUUUUUUUCCUUUUUUCUUUUCUUUUUUGUGUUAUGUGGAAAUUUUCUGCUCAUCCCUGCAAAAUGAUUCAACUUAGAAUUUCAACUUUUUUGUCAGUUUUGUAAUAUGUGUUAUUGUAAAUGUUUACUUUGAUUGUUUGGUGUCCUUUCUUCUGAUAGAGUUGUUAAGAGUUUACGAGGUUUUUCCAUAAUGCCUUUCAAUUCAUAGUUACCUGAUUGAAAAGAUGGAAGGAAAAACGAAACUAGAUGAAAGAUAACCAGUCCAGGUGCCGUCACUGCACAGAUUCAACUUGCAGGUGUUGCUACAAAGUUGCUCUGUGUGAUUCCAAUUUACUGAAGCUGUAGUCUCUUUAUUGGGUGUUCCCUAGUUCUAGCAUGGGCAACGAAGUAGAAUUUCUACAGCGGUGGGAGUUUAGGAGAGAAAGUAUGUGUGUGUCUUCAUCUGAUGGGUCUAAAUCAAGUCCAAGUAGUGAGCCAGCUCACAAGAAGCAUAAACUGAUUUCAAGUUUGGUUUUGCUUGAAAAUGAUGAAGCCAUCAACAAUUGUAGUGUCCAGCGGAAUGGUGAGCAUAAUCUUCAUGUUGAGAGUCCAAACAGUUUUGGCAAAUGUAGAAAAGAGCAUAUUGAAAAGAGCAAAAUGGAUGAUUUUGCUUAUAAAGACUCGAAGAGGGAUUCAAACAAAAGAGUAAGUAGGAAAAAGGGUAAACCUAGUGUCUGUGAGGCUGCUGCUUUAGAUGAUCUUAAAGUCUUUAUGAAGUCCUUAUUGGAGGAUCUUAAAGUGACAAGAGAAGAUUUGUUUACAUGGAUGAAGGAGGAAAUGAAAAAAUUGGAGAUGGAUAAUAUCGAUUCGCAGACUAAGAGACAAGGUAGUCGCAAGGGGAAAAGCAUUGAUGUACUUGAUGACUUAGAGAAGAACAUCCAAGUUGAUCACCAACACAACUUGGAGGAGAGCAUCCAAGUGUAUCAACAGAACAAUCUUGAAGAAAACAUUAUAAUUCAGAAUCAAAAUGGUUUCAAGAAGGAUUCCCUUACGCAGCAGCAUCAGAACAAUGUCGAUGAGAAUUUAUGUGUGCAAGAUCAUAAAAACCUCAAGGAGACUUCCAAUGCAAGGCAUCAAAACACCUUUGAAGAAAAUAUACAAUUGCAGCACCAAAGCAACUUCAAAUUGGGCAUGAAUUCUGGAUUAUUAGAAAGGUUCACCAUGAGCAAUGAGGAAGCUGGUUUUGAUAAUUGUUGUAAAAAAUUUGACUUUUUAGCUGGUAAUAGGCAAGACUCAACAGAAAGUAAUAGAGAAGAAAGGUUGGUAUUGCAAGCUGAGCAAAAUACUCAAUCUUCUACUGUGAACCACAAUGUCCUAAUGCCGAACAAAAUCAAUUCUUUGCACAGGAUAUCUCACUAUUGCAAUGGUGGGUCAUUAGAGAACUCUGUAAAAGGCAAAAGGAUAACUGAUUCCAAUUGCUUUCAAGUACUAAAACACUGUGAUCAAGAAAUUGAGUCCACAAGAAAGGAACAAAAACAAAUUUUGGGAUCUUCUAUUGAGCCAAAUUUUGCAUCUCAUCCUUUGAAUCGGAAAUCUUCUUCAAUGUACUAUUCACUAUCCGAUAUACUAUCUUAUCCUCAUUAUGAGAACCAUAUUCAGUCAACAAUUGCCGCAAAUAGAAACGGGAUGAAUACAGGAGGAGGAAAUCUGAUGUUCGAUUCAAGCGCUCAUCAUCUUGGAUAUUUUUCAGGCACACGACAGGAAGACAGAAAUAGAAGCUUUGCUCGAAUAUUUCCCGGGAAUGAGAGUCGCAUUGAUAAAAAAAGCACCAUUACUUCAAGUAGCACCAUUACUUCAAGUACUGGAGUUGGGUUACCUAUUCCCCUUCAUCAGGGUACAGAUACUGGUUUUAACAUUCCAAGCCAGAUCAGUUUGGAAAAUCUAACCCGAGGAAGAAACAAUCCACUGGGAUUGAUUUUGGAUGGAGGAGCCAUCAGGUUUUCUGGAGGAAGCUAUGCUUUAUCAGAACAUUGUAAUGGCAACAAAUUUAAUAGCCAUUCAAACAAAUAAAGCUGAUGACAAAGGCUUAAAAAGUCAUUUCCAAAUCUUUGGAGACCUUAAAGAGGACUAAUUAACAGUAUCCAACAGCAUUAGAUAAUCAACAGGAAUCAAAAUUCUGCAUUCACAUAUAUUAACUUUCUACAACUUUCUUGAUUUCUUUCAGUUUGGAAUUUCAGGUUCAAUUUUUUA